AAAAAAAAGGUUUGUCAGUGUAUUAAAAUUAAAGUGGAUUUACUUGGUGCAAAUUAAACAGCAAGUGUUCUUUGAAACAAAAUAACAUCAAUACACUAUGGUUAAUCCUAGUUUAGCAUAUGAGAUUCUUUUGUAUAUAAAUUCAUUUUAUUUUGGACUCUUCUCAACAUGUGAACUGGGCGCUCUUGUACUGAAGUCUUUCCUUAUUAGUGGAAAAUACGAAAUUGUGACCCAAGGUUACAUAUUGAUUGGAAGAGAUUAUGGUGUGCUCAUUGGAUUAUUUAUGGUGGAAGCAGCCAGAUUGUUUCUUGGAAGGAAGGGUAGCCUUAGCGAAAAGGAUCCUCCAGUGAUGUUUUCAGUGCUCCUCACACUCCCUUCUAUUGGUGGGGUGAUAUAUCUCUUGCACUGGCAACAAGUAGUACUUCGGAUUGAAUUUAUAUGGUGUACCUUGAUGUUGCUGUUGCAAUUAGCCGAGUUUGUGUUUGCAUGUAUGUUCAUAGUCACCAUGUGUCGGGACCCCUCUUACGAUUGAGUAGCUGAUCAAACCAUACCGCUACCACCAGAGAGACAAAUCAA